UUUGUACUAGAAGCACAAAUAACUCCAGCAGCCAACUCAAAAAAGCUGGAUUGUACACACUUUCUUUUUACAUAUACUUCUUUUUACAUGCCUAAAUGAUAACAUUUCUAUUACAGAUAACCAUCACUUGAGGUGACUUGUGAUGAGUUCAUUUAGCCACGAGAAGUCACUGUUGUCUUGUUCCAAGAAGUCUGAACUGGGAAAAAUGAUUGUAGCUCAAAUGACAAUAAGAAGACUCUGCUCUUUUCUCCCUGCCUUCUUUAUGCUUCUAAUCUCUGAUGUGACAUUCUAUUGACAACUGUAGCCCCUAAUAGGUUGAUCACUCUAGGGAGCAACAUUUAUUGAUCCUUUGUGCCCGGAACCCAGAAGUAUUUCCCUCAUGACAGUAUUUUACUGUUAGGCUUUCAAAUUCUCUCAGAAAGAUGACGAAUGCUGGGAGUUGUAGGCAGCCGUAUCUGACAUGCCACAAGUUACCUCGAGCAGAACAUUGUUAUGCAUUUUGCUUUACCACACUGCACACCAAUGAUCAUGGAGCUUCAGCAAUAUAAGUUUAGACCUCUGACUUAAUUGUUGUAUAAAGAGGAAAGGAUUCCUUUAGUUACCCAAUGGUACUUAGUUAACAGUCCACUGUUUCUGGGAAACAAAACAUUUUAAAAGUAAAUAAGAUGUGCAAACUGAUUGAAUCCCAGCAAGAGCAUAUAAAUCUAAUUAUAGAUGAUAGGCCUGAAUCCACUAUUCACUCCGUGAGUCCAAUUUGUUGCUCUCUUGCGUAUGGGGUCUUCAACCUCUUCUGUUAACUCAAGCAACAGCUGCACCACUAACUAGACAUCAUCUGGUAAACUCCCACUACUCCCAAAUAGGGAAUCAGCUCUUUACUUAUUGCAUGUUGCCUAUGAUAUCAGCACUUUAAAGAGCUGUACAAGGAACCCAUAGCUGUGAAAUUGUUUUUAGGAAAUCAAGAUCUACUUCAGUGGGUCUUAUUUAGAAAUGAAUUAGGUAUACCGUCUAUACUUAAUUAGACAGCCACAUUUUUGCCACAGUUGUUAAGUGAAUCACUGCAGUUGUAAAGUUAGUAACAGGGUUGUUAAGUGAAUCUGGCUUCCCCUUUGACUUUGCUUGUCAGAAGAUCGCAAAAGAUGAUCACACUUUGGGACACUGCAAUUGUCAUAGAUACAUACCAGUUGCCAAGCAGCUGAAUUUUGAUCACAUGACUUUUGGGUAUCCUGAGUUUAAUUUUUUUCCCCUCUCAGCUCAAUUUCUCCUCAUAAGAAGUAUCAGUAUAAUAAAUAAGGAAUAAAGAACACAGCAUUUGGCUGUGUUCUCAUGACAUGCUUAACAAGGUCAGUGAACCUUGUUUACUUAAUUAACUCAGCUUUCUGAGUUGAAAAUUGAACAAUAAAUAUCUGGGACAAGCUUGCACAACCUGUUACAUUAAACUGUGAUCAGUUAGUUUACAAUUUAGUUUUGGGAUAUUAUCUAUGUCCCAUUAAAAUGUUUGAACUGACCAGCAAGUCUCUCUUUAGAGAAUUGACCUAUUCCUAUGCUUUGGUUUGCAAGCUUUUGUCUUUCCAAUGUGUUUGAUGACAUCUCCCUUCUGUCUUCUGUUCAUUUCUCUCUAAGUGAACAAGAAGAGUGAGAUGCUCUCAAAGAAAAUUAUUGGUCAUAGGAAAGUAUGGUAGCCUGUGUGCCUGAGCUAGUAUUUAAUUUUACAAAAGGAGAGAGAAGAAUAUACUGAAUGCCCAGCCUGAUUUCUGGCAGCAUUAAAGGUUAUUAGUCAAUCAAUAAUACUCAUUGUGUUAACUAUUCUCCUAUCUCUUAGCUUCCUGUCCUUAAUUUUUCUGUUGGAUUUCUUUCUUUCAUGUCUCAGUAAUUAUGACUUCACUAAUUCUGACCCCAUCCAGUUUUCAUUGUGACUAAACCUUUGGCACAGUUUCUGCUGUGGGGGGAAAGACCUAUUCUACAUUUCAAAGUCCACCAGGACUUUGCGAAAAGUCAUGGCAUCUAGUUCAUAUAGAACCCAACAUCAGCAGGAUUUUUCUUCUCCGGCAUCUCAGUUCUUAUGAGCAAACAAGUGACUUGGCAAAGAUGAACUUUGAAGAGCUCCUGAGGGAAGUCGGAGGCUUUGGGCGAUUCCAGAUCUUAACAGUGCUUCUGCUCUGCUUUCCAAGACUCUUGCUCCCCUUGCAUUUCCUGCUGCAUAACUUCCUAGCAGCCACCCCAGGACAUCACUGUGCCAUCCCACAUCAGCAACAAUUUGCCAAUCUUACUAAAGAAGACGUGCUGAUCAUCAACAUUCCAAGAGAUUUUAAUGGUGCCUUCAGCUCCUGUGAGAUGUUUUCUGAACCUCAGUUUCAUCUACUGCUUAAUUCCUCCCUUGAAUUGACCAAUGUAUCUGUGCAGAAAUGCCAGUAUGGAUGGACCUAUGAUCAGUCCCAAUUCAUUUCCACAAUAGCCACUCAGUGGAAUCUGGUCUGUGAGCAUAAAAGCUUGAACCAAGCAACUGCUACCUUCUUCUUCUUUGGGGUGAUGUUUGGUGCUGUGAUCUUUGGAGACUUCUCUGACAGGUUUGGUCGGAAGAGAAUGUUCCUGGUGUCCUAUUUGGGCACCCUCAUCUUUGGGGUACUGAGUUCAGUCUCAGUUUCCUAUACUAUGUUCGCAGUGACACGGACUCUGACAGGAAUGUCUAUCUGUGGACUCUCCAUCAUCGUAAUACCUCUGGGCAUGGAAUGGGUGGAUAUAGAACAUCGCACCAUAUCAGCAAUUAUAACCAGUCUCUUCUGGAGUUUUGGAAAUAUGCUUCUUGCUCUGAUUGCCUAUUUGGUGCGGGCUUGGCACUGGCUGCUUCUCACCACUUCUCUUCCGUGUAUAGUGGGCAUCAUCUCCAUGUGGUGGCUCCCAGAAUCUGCCAGGUGGUUGUUAAUUAAAGGGAAAGUGAAAGAAGCUCACAGACAUUUAAAAAGAUGUGCCAGAAUGAACAGAAAGAAAGAAUUUGAUGACAAAAUAAAUCCUGAGAGCUUACUCAAGAUUGCAGCAGUGAUAAACCAGAAGUCAGACGGGAACUAUUCCUACAUCAGUCUUUUCCGAACACCAAUGCUGAGAAGGAUUUCCUUUUUCAUGGCAGCUGUGUGGUUUGGAGCAGCUUUUUGCUAUUAUACCAUUAGCAUGAACAUCACUGGUUUUGGCCUGGGAAUGUAUAUGACCCAGUUUGUCUUUGGGUUCAUUGAGGUUCCUGCCAAGCUCCUUGUUUUUGUUAUGGUAAAUCGAAUUGGACGAAGGAAAAGCCAAGCCUGGGCCCUCAUCCUAAGUGGAUUAUGUGUGGGAAUCAACAUUAUUGUCCCAACAUCUCAGGGGAUUGUGCGUUCAGUGAUUGCCAUCAUUGGCAAAGGAUUUUCUGAAGCUGCCUUCACUAUAGUCUUCUUGUACUCUUCAGAACUCUAUCCCACCAUUCUUAGACAGAGUGGACAAGGAUACUGCUCCUUCAUGGCCCGUCUAGGGGCAUGUGUGGCUCCGCUUGUCUUCCUGUUGGAUAGCAUAUGGAAGCCUCUGCCCCAAACGGCAUCUUUUGCCAUGGCAUUGCUGUGUGGUUCAUCAGCCUUCUUUCUCCCGGAGACCCGAGGCAUCCGCCUGCCAGAAACGAUAGAGGACAUUGAAAAACAAAGCUCGAAAGGGAACAAACAUCUGCGUGACGAUACACCUGAAGUCGCACCUCUCCAAUUAUCACACAAUUGACCUGCUGAAAGGUUAGAAUACAGAUCACUGCACUGAUGAUGUUACCUAGUUUGGUAAUGAAAUGGCUGCAAGAAAAACACCAACCACAGUGAGCACUCAGGACCCCACAGUUCAAACUUGAGUUAACAAAUGUUGCCUUCUAUCAAACACAGAUCAACCAGCCAAUGAAUCAUUUCCAUUGCAGCAGCUCAGAUUUUCACAUUUGUAUAUGAAUAUGUGCUAUGAUAGUUCUAGCUGUGUGGAAUAUCUUGCUGUUCUAGUAAAAAAGUCUAAAGGGUUUAUUUGAUAUACUAAAAAAAAAAGGAAUGUUCUCUACUUUACAAAGUCCAAAGAAGCAGAACUAGCUCAGUUUGUUGCAGCAAAAUCAGCAAAGCAGCCAAUCAACAAAAGCACAAUAAAAGUUGUGAAACAUAAAUUGA